GUUUAGCGGGAGUGACUAAUCCCCAACCGCCAGGAAGUUAAUACAUGUACUGCAGCUGGCUGACAUCAAUGGCUCCUAAGAAAACAACACUGCCCUGUCCGCUGCCUGAGGGAUGGAUACUAACGGACACAGAAAAGAGAAAGUGGCGUCUCGGCAAAAUGAUUGGAAAAGGAGGAUUUGGACUCAUUUACUUUGCUUCAGACGAUGUGGAGUCACCGGUCACAGACGAUACUGAUUAUGUGAUUAAAGUUGAAUAUCAUGAAAAUGGACCUCUGUUCUCAGAGCUGAAGUUUUAUCAAAGAGCAGCAAAGCCUGAAAGCAUCAGCAAAUGGAAGAGAGACAAAAGGCUUCAUUUUUUGGGGAUCCCAACCUACUGGGGGUCUGGACUCUCUGAACAUAAUGGAAAAAGGUACAGGUUCAUGGUGAUGGACCGCCUCGGCACUGACCUGCAGAAGGUGUUUGUAGAAAACAGUGAACGGCUGAAGAAGCAGACAGUGUUGCAGUUGGGCUGCCUCAUGGUGGACAUCCUGGAAUAUAUUCAUGACAACGAAUAUGUCCAUGCUGACAUUAAGGCUGCCAAUCUCUUACUGGGCCACAGAGACCCAGGCAAUGUGUACUUGGCCGACUAUGGUCUGUCAUAUAGAUACUGUCCUAACGGAGAGCAUAAAGACUACAAAGAAAACCCAAAGAAAGGACACAAUGGCACGAUUGAGUAUACAAGUACUGAUGCUCAUAGAGGUGUAGCCCCAUCCAGACGAGGGGACCUGGAGGUGCUGGGCUACUGCCUGCUCCACUGGCAGUGUGGAACUCUCCCCUGGCUGUCACUGCUCAGGAAUCCAGUACAGGUCCAGGAGGCCAAGGCCAAGCUCAUGGAUAACCUGCCAGACUCUGUGAUCCAGCUGUCUACCUCUGGUAACAGUCUAGCUGAGGUAGCCCAGUUCCUGCUUGCUGUGAGAACAAUUGGCUACAAAGAAAAACCAGACUAUGAUGCUUUGAGGAAGGUACUAUCACAUGUCAGACCCCGGGGCCCACUGGACCUCUCCAGACCGAGAGCAGCAGAGUCAUCCAGGCCAACAGCAAAAAGGAGCUCAAGUCAGGCCCAGCCUGCAGUAAGACCAACUAAACCAAAGCCUGUGACUCAUGAUGAAGACUACACUAAACCUAGCUACAGAACCAAAGAGAAAGUAAUGACUGAAGAACAGAAACCUUACAAGGCCAAUUCUGCAGCUGCCACACGUGCACGGUCUAGAUGUGUAGCCAAGGACAGUGAUGAAGACCAGGAUGAUGAAUGCGAUCCUUUGCCACCAAGAGUCCACCCCAAAACACGAGAGGGCACAAAGCAAAAGCAGAGACGUGAACAAUUCUCUCCGGCAGUUGGACUGAGGAGAAGAAACGAAGAUGGGCUGCAAACGGGGAAAUGGCACAGUAAGCCAGAGCGUCAGGAUUUCCACCCUGAUGAUACUGACCACUGGAGAAGAUCUUACCACCAGCAGGAAGACUUCUGGGAUAAACCAAAAGAUAACCGCUGGGAGGAAAAUGAUUAUAAUGGACAUCAGUUGAAUGCUAAUGUGCACUAUGACACACACAGUAACAGGAAGGAUAGACAGAACUCAGAAGACAAGCCUUUAAUACAGUGGAGUUGUAAAAUGUAUGCAUGCAUCAUUACUGUUGCACUCUUCCUUUUUCUGGUUGCUUUUAUUGUCUUUUAAGCACAUGGUGUUCAGUUUUUAAUUCCAGUGUAACAAAAUUACUUGUCCUUCUGAAACUUGGCAUCCAUUUUACAGACUGGUCACGGUUUUUGAAUGGCCAUUUUCACGGUGAUGGGCUGAGGGGAAAAAAACUGAAUAUUAAUGUCUUAGUAACUCAUUGUUAAUCAUCAAUUUAUAGUACAUGAAAAUAAAUUUUAAACAAAUA